UCCCGGUGGCGCGUUCUUGAAGCUCCGCGGUCGGCAUGGAGUUGUUGGGCGAGUACUUCGGGCAGGACGGGCAGCAGCAGCAGCUACGGGUGCGCUGUGAGGCGCCGGGCGUCGCCGACCCUUUCCAGCGCUUGCUGUCGGGCGUGGCUCGGAUGAGGGAGCUGGUGACCGAGCUCUUCGGCUCCUCGGUACAGCGGGAAACACAGGACCGGGUGGCGGAGGCUCCAGACAAGGCCUUGGACGGUAUCUGUAUUUCUCUCAACCACUGAACAUAUUGUCAUACAACAAAUAUUUAUUUUAAAAGGUGAUGAAGAUGAUGCAGAAGAUGAAAGUAACACUGAUAACAGAACUAACUCAGAUGGACCAUCUGCAAAACGGCCAAAAACACCAUCUUAGCUGUAGCUUUUAUGAAAUUUAAAAGACUGCUACUAUAUCUUAUUUAUCACACACUGACAUUUAAGGAAGACUUGUACUCUAAUUUGGAAAGCAUUUGUUUUGUUCCUCUGGGACAGUUUUGUUGAAGAAGAAACUUUUCUUCUGUUUCCAUCAAAGAAAGAUAGAAUAAAUGUUUAGAAAUGAAUCUCUUUUCUUGAGUGAGAAGUAAGUUUCAGACCAUGGAAAUAAAACAGACAUUUAAUAAUGUAUAAAAUCCAAUAAACUGGCAACCGAACUUUCUUUAUGCUUUUUAAAUACCCACUGGAUUGAAUUAUGUGACGUCUACAUCCUUUAGCCUCUGCUUCUGUUAUAAAAAGUACAUGUCAAGGUUCAUGGACAGUAACAUUUCAAGGAACUGACAUGAGCAAGUGGUGAAAAUUGGGUAUUAAAUUUAAGAAUGGCAGUUCCGUAUAAGUAGAAGGAAAAUGGGAAUAGAGAGAAAUACUGAAGAGAAAGGAGAGCCCUUGAGAGAGACUCAAGGAAACCUUGAAUCCACCCUCAUACCCAAUAUACAGACUUCUGGAGAUGAUACCACUCAGUGGAUAUGUUUAACUUGUACCUUAAGAGAGUCAAAUGGGGUGUGCUUUUAGACUAUAAUAUGCAGUUUAUGUCAACACAAAUAAAAAGUCUUUAGGUAAGCAACCUGUGUUGACUAUGACCAAGAUAUUUCAUGUCAUCCUGUAGUCAAACUUUGAUUUUGUUUAGCGAAAAACUAUCAAAUCCUUUGACUAUAUAUAUGUAUAUAUUCCUAAAAUAUGUGUGUGUGUGUGUGUAUUCCUUUUCUGCCUGUCAGAGGGACUAAGGCAUUUUUCAUUUACUCUACUAUGAGUGUUUCUUGGUUCCUUUAGAUAGCUAAACUGCAGAGAAAUCACGUAGCAUGUACCUAUUGAAACACAAAUUGUCAUAGAAUUUUAAAGUUGGAAGUAACCUUACAGAUUAUAUGAUUUAUUUCAGAGACGAAUUGAACCUCACGUACUUGCCCCGAGUUACAGAGCUCAUUGGCAGAGCUGGGUUAUACACAUAGCCUUUAAAAGACUACCUUUGGGCUUCGUAGGUGGCGCAGUGGGUGGGAAAGGAAUCUAAAAAAGAGUGGAUAUAUGUAUAUGUAUAACUCAUACACUUUGCUGUACAGCAGAAAUUAUCACAACAUUGUAAAGCAGCUAUACUCCAAUAUCAAUUAAUUUAAAAAAAUACCAGGCUUCCUAGGUGGCACAGUGGUGAAGAAUCCUCCUGCCAAUGCAGGGAACAUGGGUUCGAUCCCUGCUCCAGGAAGAUCCCACAUGCCGUGGAGCAACUAAGCCCGUAUGCCACAGCUAUUGAACCUGGGCUUUAGAGCCCAUGAGCCACAACUAUUGAGCCCAUGUGCUGCAACUACUAAAGCCCAUGUGCCUAGAGCCCGUGCUCCACAACAAGAGAAGCCACGGCAAUGAGGAGCUUGCGCACCACACCGAAGAGUAGCCCCCACUCACCGCAACUAAAAAGAAAGCCCGUGCACAGCAAAAAAGACCCAACACAGCCAAUUAAAUAAAUAAAUAAAUUUAUAAAAAAAAAAAUUAACAUUGUACUUUCCCAGCUACACAUUGUGAAAUCUAUAGCUUUUAAAGUACAUACUAUUAAGGAAACUGAAUUUACACACCUUUUCAUAUCUUUAAAGUAUUGUUUUACUUGGAACAUCAGACUUCCACUAAAUACUCCUGUAACUAAAAGAAUACCAACUAGAAGAAGUUUUGUAAAUGGUCAGAAAUUACCUUGUUUAGUUUGUGAUAAUGUCUCUAAUAUUGGGACUUUAGCUCAGUUACUGAUUUAUAAUUUUUAUCUUUAUACAGUCCUUAAAAAAACUUACCUGUGGAAAAAAAGAACUUACCUGUGUAAUUAAAGUAGUUCAUAUUUUUUAAAGUAGUAGCUGAACUUUGCUCCUGAAUGUUUUGUCUCCUUCUUUGUUUAGUAAAUAUGUUUAUAAAGAAGAAAUGUCAAGAUAUUUUUGCUUGUGGUCUAGUGUUUGGAGGUCUGGGUUAUAGGUCUGAUUGAUCUUUUUAUGAUUCUAAUACUGUCUUCAUAAAUGAGUAACAUGUAUGACAAAAGAUUUUGAAGGUUUGAGGGACCAGCUGGAAGGACCAGUAGAAAAGAAAUGCCUUGACUGGUUUUCUAAUCUGCUGCCUUCUAAAGGUAAAAACAUUAGCCACAGGCAUAUAGGACACAGUUAAUCUCUGAAACAGCUCCAACUUUACCUUUAUACAAGAAAGUCAACCCCAUAAUCCUACCCAAAAAUAAGCUUGAUAUUAGACUUAAUCUUUUAAAAUAUGGAGUUCUAAAUGUGAAAUAUAUGGACAUAUACAAAUAUGUAUGUAUGUAAGUGCUUUUGUGUUCCAUUAAGAAAUACCAUAAAAAAGAUGUGGUACAUAUAUACAAUGGAAUAUUACUCAGCUGUAAAAAGGAAUGAAACUGGGACGUUUGUAGAGACAUGAAUGGACCUAGAGACUGUCAUACAGAGUGAAGUGAGUCAGAAAGAGAAAAACAGAUAUAUUAACACAUGCGGAAUAUAGAAAAAUGGUACAAAUCAACCAGUUUGCAAGGCAGAAAUAGAGACACAGAUGUAGAGUACAGACAUGGACACCAAGUGGGGAAAGCGGGAAGGGUUGGGGGGGAAUGAAUUCGGAGAUUGGGAUUGCCAUAUAUACGUUACUAAUAAGAAAAAAAUACCAAAUUGUACACUCUAAAAAAAAAAAGGAAAUACCAUAAAAUAAGUAUUUCUUAUCAUCCUGUAGUCAAGUUUGAUUUUGCUUAACAAAGCAAAUACCAUAAAAUAAGUAUUUCUUAAUGCAACACAAAAGCACUUACAUAUAUACAUAUUUGUGUAUGUCCAUAUAUUUCACAUUUACAACUCCAUAUGUUUCAUAUUUUAAAAGAUUACCCAAGUCUAGCGUCAAGCUUAUUUUUAGGUAGGAAACUGGCGCAACAUUGUAAAACAAUUAUACUCCAAUAAAGAUCUGAAGAAAAAAUUAAUAAAUGAUAGUUCUCAGAUUCCUGUUUAAAGAAAAGAAAGAAAUAUUUUAACAGAGUUCUGUGGCCGAGGACAAGAACUUUUUUAUAAUAGUUUGCUGCUGCUUGGCUGUAAUAUUAGUUAGGAAGUUUGAACAUUUAAACAUUUCCUCCAGCAGGACUUUCUCGGCUUCUGAGACAGUGUUAGGUCCCCAUACUGUGUGUUUCUGUGGAACCUGGCCCCCUGUAUUUACCCUCUCAUGUUAUGAAAUGUACUUUAUUAGAAUUAUUUCUUCAAGCUGCUCAAAAUUUUUUUUUAACUUUUAUUGAGAAGGUUUGUAUUUUUAAGGAAAUAAAGUUUGUUUUCUUCCAAAUGGGAAGAUCAGUUAGAGACAUCUGUGGCCCUUAGUUUAUUAUGUAGUACUUUUAUCUAGAUCCUGUUUAGCCUACUAAAGAUACACCUAUUUCUCAGUAGAAUUUUUCAAUCUACAAAUAUAGAAUAUCAUUUCUUAUAUAACAUACUGCAGUAAAUUGCAUACAUAAGACAUCUUAAAAACCUAGGCUUUUUAACUCAAUUGUCAAUCACUAUGUUGUAAUAAAAUAAUUACAAGAAAUUCCUGUUUGAACUUAGCCUGGUGGGCAGUUGAGCACUAAGGAGUUACAACUGUAUUAGAGUUUUGUAAUUUUGUAACUGUGAUAGUUACAGAUAAAAGUAACAUGGUUUGGGAAAUUAUACUAUAAUCAUUUUGUGAUGUCGUCUUGCAUAUUUAAGUAUAUGUAAGACAAGAGUGUAAAAUUAUUACAGGAAUUGGAGAAUAUUUGUAAAAUAACACUCAGUUUUAAUGAUUGAGAAAAAGUUGGUUAGUUUUUGUGAUGAAGUUGGGUUCUUUUCUCACUACUUAGAACAUAAUAAAUUUCAGGUAGAUUCAAGAUGUUUAGAACAAAACAAAACACACAUAUACACCAAAAAACCCUUAAAAGUACUAAAAGAGAAUGGACUAGGAGUUUUUAUAGUCUCAGAGUGAGGAAGGUUACCUAAGGAAGACUUUUAGAAAUCCAGAAACCAUGAUAGAAAAGAUUAGUAAAUGCAGUUAAUAAUAAUGAAAAUUUCUGAACAUUCUGUAAAUGAGGUUAAAAGACAAGGUGGGAAAAAGUAUUUAGUAUUUUCAACAGAAAUGACUAAGAGCUAAUAUUCCCUUUAUAGCUCUCACGUGUACCAUUCAGAAAGACAGUACAAAAUUUCACUUCAAAGAAAUGAAAAUUAAAACCACAGUGCAGUAUUGUUUUUUUACUUCUCUGACUGAAAGGUCAAAAGUUUUGAUGUAAUAUUGAGCUGGAAAGGGUGUGAAAUCUAUGAUGGUGAGAGUGUAAAUUGGUAUAAGCUUCUCUGAAAGCCAAGUUGAUGAUUCUGUCAAAAUGUUAAUUGUGCAUGCCCUUUGACCCAGCAAUUUCAUUAAUAGAAAUUUAUCCUGUGGAUAACAGCACACACUUGCACAGAUAUAUUUACACAGCUAUUCAUUGCAGCAUUAUUCUUGGUAACAAAAGAUUGUAAACAAUGUAAAUGUUCAU